AGCUGAUGUGUCAAACGAAAUCAAAACAGUGUAUCGCUUAGCUGUGUCGAAUUAUUGCAAAAUGUUAUUUGCCCUGAAAAACGUUUAAAUAUUGAAUGAAAACUUGUAAAACUUGAUAAAAGGACUGUACUUUAAAGUGGCGAGAACAUGAACUUCGUAGAUGUGCUGAAAUCAUGCUGGCUGAUGACAUUGAUUGGGUCAGUUCUGCUAACUGCCGGCACUUGCGUCUUGUUCUGGAAUGAGGCACGUACAAUAAGCACUUCACUCUCGUUGGAUGAGGCGCUGAAUGAUGCCGUUACGGUUAGUGGAGAACGUCCAUACGACAAGGCAUACGAGGGAAGUUUGGUUCAUCUGAGCGGUCCAAUUGUUACCGGUGAACCACUUACUGAGCCGGAUUAUAACAUUCAGGUGCAGGCCGUGAAACUUAAACGGCGAGUGCAAAUGUAUCAAUGGGUAGAAGAAUAUGUAGAAAAUCGAUACGGGGAAGCAGUUGCUUCGGUUCAAACUGAAGAGCGCACUUAUUACUAUACCAUGGAUUGGCGAGAUGAGCUGGUUGAUUCGCGUAGCUUCUACAUUCGGACUGGUCAUCACAACCCAACAGCGUUUCCUAUGGAAACUAAAGUUUAUGUGUCCGAGCGAGUGCAUAUAGGGCAGUAUGAGCUUGGGGAUGCUUUGAAAGAAAGAUUCAAAAAAUUCAUCGAAGUCACAUCAGACACGAGGCCAGAAGAUCCAUCAGUUAAGCUGCACGCUGGCCUUUAUUAUCAUUGUAAUGAUAUUUGGAAUCCGGAAAUCGGCGAUAUAAGGAUUCAAUUUGCAUACGCUGGUCUGGAAGGCUCAAUGUAUACCGUCGUCGGCAAGCUAGAAAAUGGAAAAAUCGUUCCCUAUGAAUCGUCCCACUCCAGGAAAGUACUACUGAUCUACCCAGGGGAACUUUCCCUCCAAGAAACAUUUAAACUGGAACAGCAUGCAAAGCGUUUGACCACUUGGGGUUGGCGAUUCGUCGGUUGGAUUAUGCUCUUUCUGUCGGCCACCUGCUCGGCAUCUAUUUUGCAGUAUGUCGCGGCGCAAAGUCGAGUGCUGCGACAGUUCGUGCCGGACCCAAGUUUUCCCGUUUCUACCAACCUGACAAUGUCGCUCUCGUUGGCGCUGGCGAUAACUUCGGUUGCAUGGAUUAUUCAUCGUCCCAUGUUAGGAAGUGGGAUAUUUUUUGCUGCUGUAUCUCCCUUUCUCUACUGUGCCCGCGGAUUGUUCAACAAUUAUCAACGUAUGGACUGAACUUUGUAUAAGACGUGUUAUUUAAAUACUGAACAAUGUGCAAAUAUUUGACAUUAUCAGAUGAAAGCAUCUCAUGGUGUCUGUUAAAUGUCUGAUGAGGCCAACUAUGUCAUUGACGAAUAGUAAGAUUUUGCCUUGAUAUGUACGUAUAUUCAUGACAGGUGUUGUAGAUAAGUUGGAGUACGGUAUUCCAACUAAUUGAAAAAAAAAAAACGUUUCAUCUAAUUUGCAUCAUUAACUUAUAUUUUUCGUGAAAAACUUGGAAAUAGGCCACUCAGGAGUAAAUUGUAAAAAAAAACUUUAACAUUUUUUUCCUCACUGAUCGAAUGAGAACAAUGUAACCCAUAACUGUUAUGAUCAGCUUUACUAUUUCAUUCACGUUCAAAUAGAGUCGAUCUAGCUUAUUUUCUUGUUCAAACGAUGAAUGGCUAAUUUAUUGAUUAUUACAUAAGAGCAAUACAAUCUUGGCAGGGUUUACUCGGAGUUUUCUUUAAAUAUUGUAAUGUGCAGAUCUAGUCUUAAAUAUUAGUAAAAUAAAGUUUUUGGUUAUUUUUA